AUGAAAGAUAUCGUCUGUGAAACUGAAGAGCAGUGCUACAUCUCAAGGAGCAUAAAACAGAAGCUGAUCAAAGUGUUCAGAAACGAAGCGCUGGACGAGGAAGAAAUAAGAAGCCUUUUGAGAGUAAGGGUGGUCCGGCCUAUUCUCAGAGACUAUCUGAUGAAGAACGCAGAAAAGUACGACAUUUUCAAACUAUUGGAUGCUUUUCUAGGAGAAUGA